CCCGCCCCUUUAGUCACUACUGUUUUGUGCUACUAGCGAUCUUUCUGGCACGAUGAUAUUUCUGUGAUCAUAACCUUACACUUUAUCAUAACACAACAGUCUGUGAUCAUCAUAACCCUCUCUCGCGGGCGCGCGGUCCCGGGCGGCGGGAGUACGCGCACAGCGUUGAACUGACGUGCUCAGCCGCCUCGUGAACGCGCCUUUAGCGUCUGCUAGCAGAGACCUGUUUACUGCAGAAACCCGCUCCUGAUGGACUGACAACGCAGUGUCACCGUCUCCAGAGGCUACGCAGCUCUUUUGGUGAAGGGCCAUGGCGCAUCAGCUGUCCCUGGAUGCUCAAUCCCCUCGAGCCGUCCCGCUCACGGAUCACGACUCCGGCGUGGAAGAUGAAGACGAUGGCUCCCACAGCCCUACCACAACCUCCACCAUCUUUGUUGCCUUCAAAGGGAACAUGAAUGACGAGGACUUUCAGGAGAAGCUGGAUACCAUCUUACACGGGAUGCCUGAUAUGCUCUUACUAGGUACUCAGAGGCUCGAACCCGAGCGCGUGGAGCCGUGGAACAGCGUGCGUGUCACUUUCAACAUCCCCCGAGAGGCAGCCGAGCGCCUGCGCCUCCUGGCUCAAAACAACCAGCAGCAGCUGCGGGAUCUGGGCAUCCUCUCUGUGCAGAUUGAAGGUGAAGGAGCCAUUAACGUUGCGGUUGGACAGGGCCGAAGUCAAGAAGUAAGGGUGAAUGGACCCCUUGGUGCUCCUGGCCAGAUGAGAAUGGAUGUUGUGUUCCCUAUGCAGCAGGGCCAGGCUGGAAUGCGUAUGAAUAACCCUUCGGUGUCCAUGAUGCCUCCUGGGGCUAAUAUGGCAGCACAGGGAAUGGUACCGAAUAGUGCUGGACCAAUGCAGCCAAGAGCACCAAGACCACCUUCACAGACCGACACAAUGGAUCCCAUGCUUUCAGGGCUGGCCUUACAGCAACAACAACUCCAACAUCCUCAUGUAGGACAUGGUCCACUUAGUAACUUAGGCCCACAAGGACAUCACAUGCAAGCCAUUCAAGCAAAUCGACAGCUAAAUCCAGCAGCCCUACAGCAACUUCAACAACAACAACUUCAGCAACAACAACACCAACAACAGCAGGUUCAGAUGGCCCAACUAGGUGGUGCACGUGGUCCUUUCAACCCCUCCAACCAGAUGCCUGUACCCCCUGGCUGGAACCAGUUGCCUUCUGGGGUUCUCCAACCACCACCGGUCCAAGGUCCUAUGGGACCAGGUUGGAGAAAAGCCCCACCACAGCCACAAAUGGGGCAGCGUCAACCCUCUUUGGCAUCUGUUCAGACGCCCAAUCAUCCACCACCACCGUAUCCAUUUGGAAGCCAGCAGGCCGGACCGGUUUUCAGUACAAUGGCACAACAUCAGUUGCAACAACAGCAGCAGCAGCAGACAGGGGCAAACCAGUUUGCAACCCCUCAGCCCAAAGUCCUUCAGGGAGCACCAGGUGUAGUUGUUUCAAGAGCGCCGCCUCCUCUGCCUCCCUCCUCUGCCCCUCAAGGAAGUCUCACAGCCAAGUCCCCUGGUUCGUCAUCAUCUCCUUUCCAACAGGGCUCACCUGGAACACCUCCAAUGAUAGGACAGGGGCAACUUGGUCCGCGUCCCACGACCCCUCAGGGUUUCCCACAAGGUGUUGGAUCUCCAGGAAGAGCUGUGAUGGGCCAGCAAGGAAACAUUCAGCCCGGCUUUAUGAGUAUUCCACAACAUGGACAGGUUCCCCAAGGUGGAAUGGGAGGUAUGCCCAAACGAAUGCCAGUGGGGUUCCAAAAUGCUCCUGUUAAUCAGAACUUCGGACAAGGACAGGUUACUACCACUGGAGCAGGUAGUACACCUCAAAUACAAAAUAGUCAGAGCAUAGCAAACACUGGCGUCCAGUCAUCGGUCCCAGUGCCAAAUCAUAUGCAGUCAAAUCCCCUUCAAGUUGCUGCACUGACUCACCACAGUGGCAUGCCAGCUCAACCUCCAGGCACCACCUCAGGAGGUAGUAUGGGGCAACCUCAGCAAGGUCUUCAGACUCAAAUGAUGGGUGUACCACAAUCACAACAUCAAACACAGGUUGUAGCUUCCACUCAAAGUCAAAUGGCACAAAGCCAAACAGGAGGCCAGACUGUUUUGUCCAGGCCAGUGAAUAACGGGCAGCGAGGAAUGACCCCUCCUAAGCAAAUGAUGCCACCACAAGGUCAAGGGAUCAUGCAGAACCAAAAUCAGCUGGGUGGAGGACAGGGACAUCAGGCUUUAAUGCUUCAGCAGCAGCAGCAGCAGCAACAACAACAACAACAACAACAUCAGCAGCAGCAGCAGCAACAACAACAACAGCAGCAGCAGCAACAACAACAGCAGCAACAACAACAACAACAGCAGCAGCAGCAGCAACAACAACAACAGCAACAGCAGCAGCAGCAGCAGCAGCAACAACAACAACAACAGCAGCAAAAUGCUAUGAUGGAACACAUUGUAGCUAGUCAGAUACAGGGUAACAAGCAGGCCUUUGGCCCAAAGGGUCAACCUGGUGUAAUGCAAGGCCAGAUAAUGAGAGGUCCUUCACCUAAUAUUCAAGGUAAUAUACCGCAGUUUCAAUCUCAGAUGGGGCAGCAACAAAUGACUCAACAACAGAAUCAGCAACAACAAAUGGCUCAUUUACAGCAACAGCAGCAAUUACAGCAACAGCAGUUACAACAACAGCAGUUACAACAACAGCAGUUACAACAGCAACAACUACAGCUGCAACACCAGCAGCCACAACAAGCACAAAUGCAACAACAACAGCUACAGCAACCCCAUCAGCAAAUGGUACAACAACAGUCUCAGCAAAUUCCAAUGAAUGGCAACCCCAACCAAGCAUUAGGGAUGCAUGGGUCUCACAUGCGACUUCCGGGAAAUCAUCAUUUAGUACAACAACAGCUUCAGCAAAAACAACAGCAACAGCAGGUGAUGCUGCAGCAGCAACAGGCUGGUCAGCUACAUCAACACCAGUUAGGAGAUAGUAGUGGAAAUGCUGAUAUCAGCCAACAGAUGGUUCCAGAGCUGCAGAAUCCACAACAACAGCAGGGUAUGUUGGGAAAUUCUCAACAUAUGCAGGUUGGGAAUGGUCAUUUUCCUGGUCAUGGUAUGUCCUUCAAUCCUCAGUUUGCUGGUCAGAUGCCAAUAGGCGGCCCGUGUGGGCAAGUGGGUGGAUUUCCAGUAAACAAGGAUGUGACACUAACCAGUCCCUUGUUAGUAAAUCUUCUCCAAAGUGAUAUUUCUGCCAGCCAGUUUGGUCCUGGUGGGAAGCAAGGAACAGGUGCGGUUGCUGCUGCUAACCAGGUCAAGCCUAAAAAGAAGAAACCUCCCCGUAAGAAGAAGCCAAAAGUAGAGGAAGGACAACAGUCUACUGACAGUCUGUGUGGUCUGGAUUCACUGCCUCAUGGAAUGGAGGAAGUAGAGAUGCAAGGGUUGGGAGGCGACCAAGGGGGUGGCAUUGACUCGAACUCAAAACUUUCUGAUUUCGCUAGUCGACCAGGUCUGCCUGGUCAGUCUGGAGAUCAAAGGGUAUUACAGCAAAUGCCAAUGCAGUUUAUGCCUCCACAACAGCAGCAACAACAACAGAUACAGCAAAUGCAGCAGCAGCAGCAGUUACAACAACAGCAGCAGCAGCAGCAGCAACAACAAAUACAGCAGCAACAGAUGCAACAACAGCAUCAACAGAUCCAGCAGCAGCAAAUGCAACAGCAACAAAUGCAGAUGCAGAGUAUGCAUGGUCCUCAAGGUCAAGCUGGAACAUCACAAGGACCCCAUCAUGUCCAGACCCAGAUUCAUUCACAACAGUCAAUGCAGAUACAACAACAACAACAACCACAACAUCAACAACAACAACUGCAGUCACAGCCACAACAGCAACAACAACAGGCGCAGCAUCAGCAGCAACAACAGCAGCAGCAGCAACAACAACAACAACAUCAGCAGCAACAACAACAAAUGAUGAUGAUGCUUAAAAUGCAUCAGGAAGCUAAAAAUCGAAUGACACUACAGCAAGGUGGGCACAUGCAAAAGAGUUUAGUCAAUCCUAAUGAUCCAUCUCAGAGAAUGCCUGUAUCACAGCCAGGCAACAUGCCUGUAAUGAUUGAUCUUCAAGGGCAUGGAGGUGUUCCACCUUCUCCUGAUAAAGCCAGAGGAAUGCCACUCAUGGUAAAUCCAACUCUGACUGGACAAGCAAGAAGGACACCCCAUUCAGAGGUCGGACAACCAACACCAUCAGAGGAAACCCCUGGAACCCAUAGCAUGCAGGACCGGGGACCCCUUGAAAUUAGUCAACAGUCAGGAAAUGGAAAUCAACCAAUGAUUCCCAAUCAAGGUCCUAAUACUCAUUUAAUGAAAUCUGUGCCAUUAUCAGUGCCCCACCAGCCAGGAGCAAGUCCCCAACAGCAGUCCCAGCAAGUGUCAGCAAUGGCUGGCUCCCAUAAUAUUCACUUUUCUAGUGCUCCUGCAGCUUCCCAAAGUUCCCGCCCUAAAACCCCUAACCGAGCCAGUCCUCGGCCAUAUCACCACCCUUUAACUCCAACCAACCGUCCACCUAGUACUGAACCCUCUGAAAUAAAUCUGUCCCCUGAGAGACUGAAUGCCUCUAUCGCUGGUCUUUUCCCUCCAAAAAUUAACAUUCCUCUGCCACCGCGGCAGCCAAAUCUUAAUCGAGGUUUUGAUCAGCAAGGACUCAACCCAACUACACUUAAAGCAAUUGGCCAGGCUCCACCCAACCUUGCAAAUCUUCCUGUCAACAAUAAUACCAGUGGCAACAAUAAUGGCCCACAGUCUUAUUCAUCAGGUGGUGGCAUGGUAAGCUCCGGAGGAAAACAAGACAAACAGACCGGUGUUGGGCACAUUAAAAGAGCUAGUCCAAGUAAUAGUCGUCGAUCUAGCCCUGCCUCAAAUAGAAAAGCUGCCACCCCAAGCCCAGGAAGACAGAAGGGUGCCAAAACAUCACUGACAUCACCUCCACAUCCACAGCAAAUGAUGGUUAGUCCACAGAACGUGAUGGUUAGUCCCAACUCAGUGCUCCCAACUACCUCUGCAUCUUUGCCAUCAGCAGGACCUGGAGAAUCACAACAGAGUUUAAAUUCUCUGCAAACCCUACCUGGUAGUACCGAUGCAAUUAGAGAUGGCCAGGUAGUGACUACACAAGCAGAGCAGAAUCAGGCAGUUCAGUUUAGAGAGCAGUCUACUCCUAAAAUGGCAAGCCCUCGGGUGCCUUCUCAGGAACCCAAACGGCAAGAGCUUAGCAAUUUGGUUGAACAGCGUGCUGAAGAUAAACAACAGCAUCGGACAACACCGCAACAUGACCAUGGCUCUGCUGUUACACCAUUUAGAGAUGCUCCAACAUCUCUGAAUCAGCUAUUAGACAAUACAGGAAACCCAUCUUUGUCAGUGAAAUCUCAAAAUAAUCCUCAAGUGGGUGGAGAACCUGUGCAGAAAGAAAGCCCUCAUGCUCCACCAGCUCAGGAGAACCAACCUAAUCCUCUUGUAUCACAGAGCACAAAUAUUGCCACCUCCUUGUCUACAAGUGAAACUGAUCAGAAACCUAAACCUGCUUCAGUAUCAAGUCCGAAUCUUGUAGCCAGUAGCAGUGCAAACCUGCAGUCUGUCAGUGCUGUAUCAAGUGUUAGCUCAAACCAAACUGUGCUCCUAAGUCUCACUUCAAUACCCAACCCUUCAGUUGGUUCAAAUCACAACCUUAUACCCAUCUCAAAUGCAUCUCAAACUGUUUUGCAAAGGCCCAUCUCAUCAGUUACAACGCCACAAAAUCAGAUCACGGUCUUUGUAACCUCUAAUCCCAUUAGCUCUGCUACCAACACGGCUUCUGUCGUUCCUCCUGCUGUUGUAUCCAAGGUACUGGCAGUUCCAAAUAAAAACAUAAGACCUCCUGAUAUUCGUCAACAAAAUCCUACCCAAACACGUCCACAGUUCAUCGCAGGAUCUGUGUAUUCAAUAUUUCAAGCUACGCCGGUAUCAUCAAGUGCUAAUGUCAUGUCUCAGCCUGUCACUAUGGUUGGUCCCAUAGUCUCUGCAAAUAUCCAGCUUACUCCUACCCCAGUGUUAACUACAUCACAACCCUCUGCGCAAGCAUCAACAUCUGUGUUGAAAACCUCGCCUGCUGUCAGCAUAGCUGCUACUCAGCAGAGCCGCACUGUUAUUGGGCAGCUUCAAGUUCAAGUACCUACAAAUAAGUUUCCCCAUGUAAACGUAGUGCCCUCACCUCAACAGCCAGGACCUGGAGGUCCCAAACAGGAGAGUGUCUCUGAAGCUAGUGGCCCAAAAUCUAGUCCUGUUGGGCAGUCUGCGUUACAUUAUGGCAUGUCCUUACCUUUUCAGCAGCUAUUGGCUUCCCCACCUGCUUGCUCUAGCCCAGGGGCUACAGCUGUUGCCGGCAGAAGUCCCCUGUCUCCAACUACAUCGUUAGCCAAAAGCAGUCCAGUCCAGACUGUUGUAAGCAAAAGCACCACGCCUAGCAUAUCUUCAAGCAAUUCCGAUGAUCAAAAGGAGCGGACCCCUGUCACUCAGAUUGGAAAGACUUUGGAUGUUGCCACAACUAAAGCUUCUUGUGCGGUUACAUCUGAAAUGGUAUCGGCACUCCAGCCCACUGCUCCAGUGACUAUUCCAGCUGCUCAAAUAGUGUCUCAGCAAUCUGCACUUUCUCCAAAAGUGUCUUCUCCUGAACCUGUGCCCACUCCUUCACCAGUCCCUACUUCUACAGCAUCAUCUAAUAUGCCGCCACCAGCCUCUACCCCUGGAAUGGUUCACCUAUCUAGUCCUGUUGCUACUUCUUCACCACCUUCUAGUUUGCCUGCAGUUAUAGUUUCUGAACCCACUGCUGCUCCAGGACCUCCCACUACAACGUCCGGCUCCUCCACAGCAACAAACGCACAGCUCUCUGGGGAAGAGCAACCUUCACUGGUGGAGACUAGUGGACCUGACUCUGCUGAAACAAAAGCAAUUGUAGAUGCUCCUGGCAUCUCAGCUCAUCCUGAAGCUCCACAAGAAGACCAAGCUUCAUGUGGUCAAGCUGGACAAGGGGUUACCACUGUAGCAGAGCAAGGAUGGGCAAAGAAAAGAAAGACGCCCGUCAUCUUAGCCCCAAGGGAUACAAGGGCCACCACUGAGAAAGCAAAAGGUCCUAGUCGACGAAGCUCACGAACAGACAAGGAACCUGAGGAAGAAGCAUCCGACAGUGGACAGAGAAAAAGAGUUGCUAGGCCAGGCUCAGCCUCAUCCAACACAGGAAAAGGUGCAGAAUCAAGCACUGGAGCCAGUCCCACGCAGGCAAAACGAAGGAAGUCAAAGUAAUCAUGACAUGAAUAAACCUGUGAAUUGUACAUUCUUAUUUUGUUGUUUUCUGAACUUGUUUUAUCCGCUGUUUUUUCCUUUUGUUCUAAGCAAGAUAACCAUGUACAGAAAGUUCAUUUUUUCUUUCUUUCUUUUUUUAAUCAUGAUACUGUAUUUUGUUCCUGGCUACUAGAGGAGAUCACGUUUCGAAUUGUGUUUGAUGUGUUUGUAAGUCAUUGUUUUGGUGUGACUUUUUUAUUAUUAUUAAUAUUGAUCAAUUCUGGAUUAAUCAUGUGAAUAGAAUCAUGUCUGUAGUAUCACAAUAUAAUAAUUUGACAGAAUCAGACUUUGUACUUCCAACCCCCAUGUCGUAGGCUAUAUCAUGAAUUAACUGUGCAUUUCAGUACUAUCCGCACCGGUGUUCACGCAUUUAGCCCCUGGAUCACAUGCAUUAAACUAUUUUUACAAGUGUA